AAGAGAGUCGCUCCCACUCCGAGCCCUGCGGUCCCUGCCCGAGGCACUGACACUGCCAGUCUGGGGACCGACCAGACCGGGAUGGAAAGCUCCUGCCUUCUCGCCUUCUGCCUCCUGGCGCCUCUCUGGGCUAAGGGCAUCAACCUCUCCCAGGGGGAGGCUGGCCUCCCCGCCAGCCCCCUGGUCCUGUAUCCGUGGCGACAGCGAGCUGGGCCCAGCAGGGUGAAGAGGGCCUGGGUGAUCCCACCCAUCAGCGUGUCCGAGAACCACAAGCGCAUCCCCCAUCUCCUUGUGCAGAUCAAGUCGGAUAAGCAGCUGCCUGGGGGCGUCAUCUACAGCAUCAAGGGGCCGGGCGUGGAUGAGGAACCCCUGGGCAUCUUCUCCAUUGACAAGUUGAGUGGGAAGGUCUUCCUCAACACCAUGCUGGACCGAGAGAAGAACGACCGCUUCCGGUUGAGGGCCUUUGCCCUGGACCUGGGGGGCGCAACACUGGAAGAUCCCACCGACCUGGAGAUUGUUGUGGUGGACCAGAACGACAACCGGCCCCUGUUCCAGCAGGAGGUUUUCACGGGGCACGUGGUGGAGGGAGCCGUUCCAGGCACCUACGUGCUGAAGGCAGAAGCCAUAGACGCUGAUGACCCCGACACGGACAACGCAGCCCUGCGAUACUCCAUCCUGGAGCAGGGCUCCGCUGGGCUUUUCAGCAUCAAUGAGACCACAGGCGAGAUCCGCACCGCGCAAGUGGGGCUGGACCGCGAGGUGGUGAGUGUGUAUAACCUGACCCUCCAAGUGGCCGACAUGUCAGGCGAUGGCCUCACCACCACAGCCACAGCCGUGAUCUACGUGGACGACAUCAAUGACAACCCACCCGAGUUCACCAAGCCGGAGUUCUCCCUGGAGGUGCUGGAGAACACGAGUGGCGUGGACAUCGGCCGGCUCCUGGUGCACGACAAGGACCUGCCCGGCUCCCCCAACUGGCUGGCGCGAUUCACCAUCCUGGAGGGUGACCCGGACGGGGCCUUCGCCAUCCGCACCGACCCCCGCACCAACGACGGCGUUCUCUCCAUGGUGAAGGCCCUGGACCACGAGGGGCGGGACCACUUCACACUCACCGUCUCCGUCCAGAACCAGAACCAGCUGCACCCAUCGGCCCCCCAGACCACUCGGGCCCUGGCCAUGGUGCAGGUGCAGGUUCAGGACGUGAACGAGGCACCUUUCUUCCCCGAGAACCCCCGGCUGGUCAGGGUGGAGGAGGGGGCACCGCCUGGCACCGAGCUCACCACCUUCAGUGCCAGUGACCCCGACACCCGCCAUCCUCAGGCCCUCAGUUACUCCCUGGCCUAUGACCCGGCCGACUGGCUGCUGCUGGACCCGCGCUCCGGGAGGGUGCAGACCAAGCGGGCGCUGCCAGGCCACUCGCCCUUCCUGCAGGGCAGCUGCUACACCGCUGUCAUCCUGGCCAGCGAUAAUGCUGACCCACCGCACACAGCCACUGGCACCUUGUCCAUCGAGAUCGUGGAAGUGAACGACCACUGGCCGGCCCUGCUGCCGCUGGCGGGCGUCAUGUGCAGCGAGCCCAGCAAGGGGCAGGGGCUGCUGCUGAGCGCCAUAGAUGAGGACCUGCCGCCCCACGCUGAGCCCUUCCACUUCCGCCUCAACCCGGACGCCCCCCAGCUCGCCCACAACUGGAGCCUCAGCCAGCUCAACGCGACCCACGCGGUGCUGGCAUUGCUGGUGCCGGUGCCCACAGGGCUACACUCCCUGCCGCUCCUGCUCAGCGACUCCGGGAAGCCACGGCAGGAGCAUGUGCAGCUGCUGAACGUCUCCGUGUGCCCCUGCGAUGAGGGGGGCAGCUGCCAGGCCAGCGUAGCGGCUGCAUCGACGGCUGGGGUGGGGCUCAGCUUUGGGGCCCUGAUGAUUAUCCUCAGCAGCAUCAUCCUGCUUGUGUCGCUGGCCCUGCUGGCGGCCGUCCGGGAGCGCUGCCUCCGGCGGCCGCAGCACGAGGGGCUGCUGGGGAGCUCGCAGGACGACCUGCGCGACAACAUCCUCAACUACGACGAGCAGGGCGGGGGCGAGGAGGACCAGGGCGCCUACGACAUAAACCAGCUCCGCAAUCCCGACUUCUUCCCCCGAGCCUGCCCCCGGGGCAAGCAGCCGACCCGGAGAGACGCUCCCUACAGCUACGCCACCCCCCCCUAUCCAUGGAAACUGCCUGCCAGCCCCUCUGACAUCGAAGACUUCAUCAACGAGGGGCUAGAAGCAGCCGACAGCGACCCCAAUGUCCCCCCCUACGACACAGCCCUCAUCUACGACUGCGAGGGCUCCGGCUCCGUGGCCGGCUCGCUCAGCUCCAUCGUGUCCAGCCUGACAGAUGGCGACCAGGACUAUGACUAUCUCAGCGAGUGGGGUCCGCGCUUCCGUCGGCUGGCGGACCUGUACGGGCACUAGGGCCAGGGCAGGGAGGGGGACUCAGGGACCAGGAGGGCAGAGCUUGCUCCUGAGCGGCAGGGAAUCCUGCAAGUAGGGGGCUGGGCCCUGCCCAGCGCCAGCAGAGCCUGGGAGCAGCCGCCUCUGCAGGAUGCGCCCAUACAGCUACCGAGCCCUGGACACUGAACACCUGAACAGCACCAGCCUUGGGAACAAGCUGCUUCUAACAGCAGAGUCAGCCCAGGGCCCAGGCAGCGCCCCCCCAUGCCAGGGGCUAGGCUGGGCGAAGCCACUUCCUGCAGCUCAGCCCUGCCUCUGCCCAUGCGCCUGCCCCAGGAGGGCUCAGGGAUGUGAGAACUGCACGGACACCCACACGCCCAGCUCGACCUGCAAUGACUGCUGAGCCA